AUGUGGUUAUUAAAAUAUUAAGCAUAACCAGGGAGUGAACAUUGCUCCCACAUCCAGCUGCAGUCUAGCCUGUCUAUGAGUGGAGUAUUGUGGUCGGGCCGUCUAGCUUGCUUGGUGUUGUUAAUUGUUGCUUGGAGCCGAAUAGCCAACUCACAGAAUAGAUGAACUAUUACAAUUUUGUGUUUGUGCUAAUGCCAUGACAAUGGUGAUGUUCCCAAGUGAGUGCCUGUUUUCCAAUUCAGUGUUACAAGCUUUCUGUUGUCUUACAUUGCCUAAAUAAAUCAGUACUUUGUGAAGAGGCAUGAAAAAAUACCACCAAAAAAGUGACAUUUUUGUUUCUCUUUUUUACAGUUUCAGUGCCUCAGAGGCCGAUUAGAGCAAAUCAGAAUUUGAGCUAGCUAGCACAGCGCAUACCGGAGUCUAAUUAGAUUCCCUAUAAAACAGGGUGACUCACUAGCCAUGGGACGGAGUUAAGGCGGCAGCCUCAGAAAUAACAGCGACUACACUGGGGCCGCUGAUGUUCCCUCUGAUCUGUCCGUGGAGAUGCCCAGACCAUCAAGAAUCCAGCGCAACGUAGACAAGUGUCAUUUAGAAACGCCCACUCAGAAGAUCAUCAGGCCGCCAUCGCCGGGGUUUUAAUAUGAAAAAGACGAGCGUUCAGGGGAGAAGAGUGGCAUGAAGUAGUGGAAUAGUCCUGCUGGGGCAAAGCCGGCCUGGUUUAUUGCCAGCGGCAACUUCCAACUCCAAGUUGUUAGCAGACACAGAAUAAUAUCGUCCAGAGAGACCCUGGAACUGCCUCCGUAGAAGAUUUUGAGCUUAGCUCUUGUCUGUGAGCUGCUGACCAAGGUCCCGGAUGCUCUUAUUCUUCAGUCGAGGCCCCAAGGACACCCAGACUGCGCUGAGAGGAUCCCCCAGGGAAAGCAUGGUGCACCAGUCCAGCUUCUCACCUAAGACUGUCUGCCUCUGAUCCCAACACACCUGUCCUGCCCCAGAAUCCCCCUCCCUACACCCCGACCCCCCACAUCAGCAGCAGCACACACUUACCCACACACACAUACACACACACACACACAUACCCUGAGGAGAUCUUUUCGAAACUCCUCUCCCCCUCUCUACCCCCCUUCACCUUAAGUGUUGUUUACCACUGUCCAGUCUUGACGUUUACAAUUUUUUAAAACAUUCAAAAUGGCUAACAACACUGCGGACCAUGCGGCCACCAACUCGGUGGCAGAGGGUGGCGCGGAGGGCGACUUUGGCAUCACGGUGAUGGACCUGCGGGAGCUGAUGGAGCUGCGCGGAGGAGAGUCCGUCGGCAAGAUCGCAGAGCGCUAUGGAGACGUACAGGGCAUCUGCCGCCGGCUCAAGACCUCGCCCAUCGAGGGUCUCUCCGGCAAUCCCGUGGAUCUGGAGAAGCGCCAUGCGGCAUUUGGAAAGAAUUUCAUUCCUCCGAAAAAGCCCAAGACCUUCCUGCAGCUAGUAUGGGAGGCCCUGCAGGACCUUACACUCAUCAUCCUGGAGAUCGCCGCCAUCAUCUCCCUGGGACUCUCCUUCUACCAACCUCCUGGCGGAGACAGCGAGGCGUGUGGCCAGGCGUCUGGAGGGGGCCAUGACGAAGGCGAGGCCGAGGCGGGCUGGAUUGAGGGGGCGGCCAUCUUAAUCUCGGUGGCCAUCGUGGUGCUGGUGACGGCCUUCAACGACUGGAGCAAGGAGAAGCAGUUCAGGGGCCUCCAGAGCCGCAUCGAGCAGGAGCAGAAGUUCACCGUCAUCCGCAAGGGCCAGGUCAUCCAGAUCCCCGUGGCCGAGAUCGUGGUGGGCGACAUCGCCCAGAUCAAAUAUGGUGAUCUGCUUCCUGCGGAUGGUGUGAUGAUCCAGGGGAAUGACCUGAAGAUCGAUGAGAGCUCCAUGACCGGGGAGUCCGAUCAGAUCAAGAAGUCCCUGGACAAGGACCCCUUGCUGCUGUCCGGCACUCAUGUAAUGGAGGGGUCCUGCCGAAUGGUGGUCACCGCUGUGGGACUCAACUCUCAGACCGGCAUCAUCUUCACCCUGCUGGGCGCUGGAGAGGAUGAGGAGAAGAAGGUGAAGAAAGGUACAAAAAAAGGACCCCCCGAAAAUCGCAACAAAGCCAAGACCCAGGAUGGCAUUGCUCUGGAGAUCCAGCCUCUCAAGAGCGAGGAAGGCACCGAGUCCGAGGAGAAGGAAGAGAAGGAGGAGAAGAAGGAGGUGAAGAAGGUGAACGUCACCAAGAAGGAGAAGUCUGUGCUGCAGGGCAAGCUGACCCGGCUGGCCGUGCAGAUCGGGAAGGCAGGCCUGAUCAUGUCCGCGCUGACCGUGGUCAUCCUCAUCCUCUACUUUGUCAUCGACACCUUCGCCGUCCAGGGCCAAACCUGGAAGAGUGAGUGCACCCCCAUCUACAUCCAGUUCUUCGUCAAGUUCUUCAUCAUUGGUGUGACCGUGCUGGUGGUGGCGGUGCCUGAGGGUCUGCCUCUGGCUGUCACCAUCUCCUUGGCCUACUCUGUUAAGAAAAUGAUGAAGGACAACAACCUGGUGCGCCACUUGGACGCAUGCGAGACCAUGGGCAAUGCCACGGCCAUCUGCUCCGACAAGACGGGCACGCUAACCAUGAACCGCAUGACGGUGGUGCAGGCCUACAUCGGCGGCACACACUACCCCAACGUGCCCGACCCCGAGGUCAUCAAGCCCGAGACACUGGAAGUCAUGGUCAACAGCAUUGCCAUCAACUCGGCCUACACCUCCAAAAUCCUGCCUCCAGAGAAGGAGGGUGGUCUGCCAAGGCACGUGGGCAACAAGACGGAGUGCGCCCUGCUGGGACUGGUGCUGGACGUGAAGAGGGACUACCAGCCCAUACGCGAGGAGGUGCCUGAGGAGAAGCUCUACAAGGUCUACACCUUCAACUCCUCCCGCAAGAGCAUGAGUACCGUGCUGAAGAACACUGACCGCCCAGGCUACCGCAUGUACAGCAAGGGCGCCUCCGAAAUCGUCCUGCGCAAGUGCUCCCAGAUUCUGGACGGCUCCGGCACGCCCAAGCCCUUCAAGCCCAAGGACCGCGAUGAGAUGGUGCGUAAGGUCAUCGAGCCCAUGGCGUGCAACGGUCUGCGGACCAUCUGCCUGGCCAUGCGGGAGUUCCCCGGCGAGGAGGAGCCCAACUGGGACCAGGAGGCGGAGAUCCUCAACGACCUGACAUGCAUUGCUGUAGUGGGCAUCGAGGACCCCGUACGGCCAGAGGUGCCAGAGGCCAUAUCCAAAUGCCAGAGGGCCGGCAUCACGGUGCGCAUGGUGACUGGAGACAACAUCAACACGGCGCGGGCCAUCGCCACCAAGUGCGGCAUCCUGUUGCCCAACGAGGACUUCUUGUGCAUGGAGGGAAAGGAGUUCAACCAGCAGAUCCGUAACGACCAAGGCGAGGUGGAGCAAGAACGCUUGGACAAGGUGUGGCCCAAACUGCGCGUGCUGGCUAGGUCCUCCCCCACAGACAAACACACCCUGGUCAAAGGCAUCAUCGACAGCACAGUCGGGGAGACCAGACAGGUCGUCGCGGUGACAGGAGACGGGACCAAUGACGGCCCAGCGCUCAAGAAGGCCGACGUGGGAUUCGCCAUGGGUAUCGCCGGAACAGAUGUGGCCAAGGAGGCAUCUGACAUCAUCCUGACAGACGACAACUUUACCAGCAUCGUCAAGGCCGUGAUGUGGGGCCGCAACGUCUACGACAGCAUCUCCAAGUUCCUGCAGUUCCAGCUGACUGUCAACGUGGUGGCCGUGAUUGUAGCCUUCACAGGGGCCUGCAUCACGCAGGACUCCCCCCUGAAGGCAGUCCAGAUGUUGUGGGUGAACCUGAUCAUGGACACGCUGGCGUCUCUGGCCCUGGCCACCGAGCCGCCCACGGACUCCCUGCUGCUGCGGAAGCCCUACGGCAGGAACAAGCCCCUCAUCUCCCGCACCAUGAUGAAGAACAUCCUGGGACACGGCGUCUACCAGCUCGUCAUUAUCUUCACACUCCUCUUCGCCGGAGAGAAGAUGUUUGACAUCGACAGCGGCCGUAACGCACCCCUGCACUCGCCUCCCUCCGAACACUACACCAUCAUCUUCAACGUCUUCGUCAUGAUGCAACUCUUCAACGAGAUCAACGCGCGUAAGAUCCACGGCGAGAGGAACGUGUUUGAGGGCAUCUACCGUAACCCCAUCUUCUGCAGUGUGGUCCUGGGCACGUUUGCCAUCCAGAUUGUCAUUGUUCAGCUGGGAGGGAAGCCCUUCUCCUGCACGGCUCUCACCAUCGACCAGUGGCUGUGGUGUGUCUUCAUCGGCGUUGGCGAACUGCUGUGGGGUCAGCUCAUCACGGCCGUGCCCACGCACAAGCUCAAGUUCCUCAAGGAGGCCGGCCACGGCAUCCCCAAGGACGAGAUCCCUGACGAGGAGGAGGAGGGCGCUGACGAGAUCGACCAUGCCGAGAUGGAGCUCCGCCGCGGACAGAUCCUGUGGUUCAGAGGGCUCAACCGUAUCCAGACUCAGAUUAAGGUGGUGAACGCGUUCCGUAGCUCCCUUUACGAAGGCCUGGAGAACCCCGAGUCCAGGAGCUCCAUCCACAGUUUCAUGUCCCACCCAGAGUUCGUGCCCCUGUCUGAGGAGGAGGCGCGGAGGAUCCCCGAGGAGGACGAGGAUGAUGAGGAGGAGGAGGAGGAGAAGGAGGUUGUUGAGGAGAAGGAGCAGUAGAGGGAGGGAGGUGCCCUCUCCCCAGCCCAUCCAUCCAGCCUGACCCUGUACCCAGAACAGAGUGACCAGCAUUCACACACACACAAAACUGGGACACCCUCCUCCUCCAUCCAUCCACCCUAAAAAACCCUGCCACCAACCAAAACCCUGACCCCAUCAACUCCACUUCAUCUUCACCCCAAGCCCAAAACAACCAACCUUUCCUACACACUGAAAAAAACACUGCCGGAUACAACCCAUCACCCUAUCCCCUGUUACUCGUUGUAGUUUUGUGUCUCGUCCAAGGCGACACUAAAGUGCACUCUGUUGCACACGUGGUGCACUCUGUUGACUCCCAACCACCUCAACCACCUCCACCUUCCAUCAGCCACCAGGUCGCCCCCCUAAACAGAGCACCGGCAACCAAACUCUCUCUCUUUCUCUCUUUGUGUACAAUCUCUUCUCUUGUCCUCCUCCUCCUCCUCCUUCGCGUCCUCCUCCUCCUCCUCUCCCUCUCCUUUUUGUUCCCUGCCUCACCACUGUCCUCUAGUGUUGUUAUAUCACUGCUACAUCCAUGUACAGACAGUGUGAACGCGCAGUGAGAGCAUCCAGACCGGAAGGAGACAGCUGCAGACCAUCAGGCCUGUAGUGCCCUGUCCCCUGCCCACACUGACAAUGUCACCCUCCACCCCCACCCCCCAUCCCAACCUCCCAACCUCCGUCUCCUCCUCCUGUCGACUCAUCCACUUCUCCAUCUCCCUCAGUUAUGUUUCACUAGGCAUGUGUGUAAUGCUUUAACGCUAACAUUAUUCUUUCCAGAAAAAAAUGGCUUAACAUGUCUUGAGUUAUUGUUUGUUUAUUUUUCAUUUGUUCAUUGCUGUUGUUUUUGUUUUGUAGACAUAUACUCCAUACACAUCUCACUAAUAAGAUUGUGAGUAUGUACGUAUGUGUGCACACGGGUGUGGUCUCAGCGCUUCUGUGAUUUCGCUUGUGAGGGCCAUUUCGACAGGAUUGGUCUGAACACUAUGUAAUGUGGCAUACGAACAGAUCCUUUCUUUCUCAGUUAUUAUUAUUUUUUAUUAUUGUUACUGGGCAAGUUUGUGUUUGAAAUCAGUGUAUUUGAGUUGGUGGUAUGGAUACAACAAUGUAGGCUCGGCCUCGAAAAAAACACCAUGCACUUUCUGCUGAAGGAAAACAAAAAACAAGUCAUCGAUAUAACAUUCCAUGAAUUUAUUUGCUUUUUACUAACCAAAAAAACCCCAGCUAACACAUGAAGUGUUGUGACCGUGAUAAUUAUCCUGUUUUGCUUUCUUCCUGAACCAAACAGCACAGAGUCCUGAAGGCCACAGGGCCGUGAGCUUUGCAAGUCAGUCAAACGCUUGCUGAGCAUCACAGGAGCGUUAGCAUUCCCAGUGGAACUUUAGGCAUCAGUGCUGCUGGCCACAGGCACUACUUUUGAUGGAUUGAUUGAUUGUUGCCAUUGUAUGUUCAUGCAUAAGGUCCAUCAAACUACAAAAUGUGCUGAUGAUGUCUGGUAAAUUUUUCUUUUUUUUAUCACAAAUCAGUGGGACGCAUCCUAUGUGUUUACGCGUGUGUGUGCGUGUGUGUAUGUGUGUGUGCGUGCGUGCGUAUGUGUGUAUGUGUGUGUGUAAGCUAUGAGACACGUUAUCAUUAUUGUGUGUAUGUUUAUAGACAACAGCCAGUGCUAUGACACACAAACACCCACAGUGUACGUCCAUAUAGGGUUAUCUGAGAAAUCAAUAACACUUUUAAACACAGAGUUGGAGCACUGCAGCUGUAACGCCCCCUGAGGGUGGCCUUCAGGAGGCAUACAGUGUGCAGAGUAACCCUAGAAAAAGUUCCAGCUCACCUGUGUUUGUCUCUGCAUUCUCAAUCUACAGUCUCUCUGUAACAAACAACUCUUUUCAUUGUCCAGCCAGAGUUGCUAGCUGUGUCCAGGCCAUCCAAAACAACCAUGUUUGUGAAAGGGAUCCUUUUUCAUAGCUAACUGAAUCUUUAUUUCCAAAAAAAAGAAUGUGUAGGUGGGGGGUCCCUUUGGUGCAGUUGAUUCUCUUUCACAAUUGCACUCUUAGCCUCAUAUUUGUUUGUUUUUCCGUCUUCUUUACUGAAAGAAGGGAGUAAUUGAGACAAAAAAGAAUAGACUUCCAUGGCAUAGCCACAUAUUUUAUUACUAGCAAAUGAGUACUGCCAUAUUUAAACUUAUUUUCAUAUCCGUUUUUUUGCAGAGUUGUUGACUGCAUGUUUCUACUUCUCAGAGCCAUAUGUUAAAGGGGUUGCUGUUCAUUUCUGACCAAAAAGGAAACAAACAAAAAACCACAACUAGACAAACUAAGUCACUGCCGAAUAACAAAGAGAGUAAAGAAAUGAAGCAGCAGCAGGUCACUUGUGUGAGAGUGAGUUGUAAGUCUGCUGAGUAACACCAGGGCUUCCCCACCUGACGGUUGUUUGGUUUUCUUUGCCUCUCCCUCCUCAGCAACUUGGCCAGGGCUGAUGGAGAGGCCCCCUGCACGACUUUCAUAUUGAACUCAGUGUAUCGUUCCUUUUUUAACCACUCCUCUGUGGCUUUUAUAUUUACACUAGUACUUUUUUAAUAUUUAGUAAAGUAUAUAAAUAUAGAUGAGUACGCUGGUUAAAACCUGGUGACAUUUAAAGAGUGAGCAAAAAAACAACAACAUUCAUCUUUGUCAUAUUUUUUGUCAAAGCCAUUAUUGAACCAUGCUACGAAUUAUUCACAACUUCUAUGGCCAAUUCAAACUAAAACGAUGAUGUUUACCACUGAAAGCCACGUGAUUGGUCAGGUUAGAUACAGGAGCCUAUUGGUCUAGCCUCAAGAAAUGUCCUCUUUGCCUCAAACUGUUCUUUCAUGGGAUGCGAUUCUCAUUGCAACUUAUCUUUCCUGUUCCCUUAUCAAAACAUUUCUUACAAGUUCGAGUUGACGUAUUAUAACACAAAUGUAUGAAAAUGUUUUUUUAUAUAUGAAAUAUGUAUUUUCAUUGUUUCCUUUCAUAUUGCUUGAUCUGACAACAAGGUUAAUUUAUUUUAUGAAUGAGUGGUGCUCCUCAUUGACUGCAGUUAAUAAUUGAUUUUUAAGUUGAAAUUUUAUCUUCCAAAAAAAUAAAGAUUUUUAGCAUAUAGACGUAUAUAUAUAUUUUUAAAAGUCAUUGGAAACUUCAGAUUUGAAAGGACUUGAAUUUGUAUGAUAGGAAAAUAACGUUCCCAUAUAAAUUGUUUCUAUCGGACCAACAUCUAUUCUAUAGUGAAUUUUAGGAAGUGUUGUCUGAAUCAUUUCUGCAGUUUCAAAUAUUUUUUUUCCUAACUUUAAUUAUUUGAAGGCAGCAUCUAAUGAAUAUGGACAUAAAUAGGAAGGCAGAUCUACUCUUUAAAAAUUGCAUUCAGUGAAGCUUUACUGCCCUGCCAAAGUUUUCUACAAUUGCAGUCUUAUUUAAUCCCUUUAUUAGUCGAUCACUGAUUGUUGCUACACCCCUAAGUCAAACGUCAAGGUAUCCCAUAACCAACUCGGAUAGCAGUCGCUCUUUGUUAUUGUUUAUUUUUUAAUGACUUUUGUCCUUUUGCGCAGUGGUAUGUGAAAGAAAUGCUUUGUCUACCCGGGGCACAAAUAUACAAAUGAAGUGAAUCAUUGUUAUGUUUGAAUUAAGUAACCCAAUUUUUUUCCCAUUUUACUUUGAUACCUCUGCAAAACAAAAACAAAAAACAGCUGAUGGUAUUGCAUAUGUUUGGCCUGUACAUUGGUUCUAUAUUACUCUGUGAGCUUCAGUAUCAUGUCCCAUAAGAUGUUGUGUAAACUGCAGAGCAACAUUGUUUUGUCUGACCACACUUUAACAUGAAUGGCUCCCGUUUUGACAACAGAGGUUUUCUUUUUUUUUGGAGAGGUUACAACUCAAUUGUAAAUAAAUUUUAAAAAAGAAAUGCGGUUUAAACUGGAAUAUCACACAGAUGUUAGUCACACACAAACACUUAUUUAUAUUUACCAAGAGCUCAUGCUGUGUUUGACUGUCACAACUUUUGGGUUUGGAAAAGAGGAAAAAGACAUAAGAGCAUCCCCCUUCUGUGGCUCAUAGGAUGGCAGUAAUAAUACGCACUGGUGUUAUUUUUGUAUAAGCAUAAUAGCAUCUAUGUGGCAUGCAUGAAUUAUAAACAAAAAUUGGUGGUUCAAAGCAAUAUGUACAACCUGGUGCGAUUGGUAUUUUAGUGUCCUGUGUAGCCUAAGCCAUGCUGUGCUGAGAGAAAAAUGCUUACUGUUCCGUAUAUGUGUUCAAUGUUCUGCAUGUUUAUGUAUGGAAUGAUAAUCCCUCCCUGUUGACUUCCUCUGCUAAUAUCCAUCUGCUUAUUUUUUUGAACUCUCUCUCUCUCUCUCUCUCUCUCUCUCUCUCUCUCUCUCUCUCACACACACACACACUCUAUCAUCUAUCUUUUUAUCCACUCUUACUCUGUCCUCGAAUUCACGAUCUUCCUCAUACACACAUGCAUCUGCACAUUCAGAUACUAAGACACAACACACUAAAUCGUUUGAAUGAUUUCUUUGUUUAUAUAUGAUCUAUGUCCUGCAUAUUUGUUUGAGAAGAGACACACUCUGGUGAAACUCUGACUGUUCCGGGUCAUUACUCAUGAUGUUGCCCCACAACUACUAAAUGUUCAUAGACAGACUAGUUAGUCCUCGCUUUUAAGUAGCUUACUUUGGAUACUCUGAUGUCCUUGGAAACCUUUGGACUCCCCACAACAUGGACAGUGACAAAGGUUGUCCCUCAUCGUAUCACACCUGAUGAGUUCUCAAUGAGCUGUGCAUUGACCUAGUAGGGUAUCCCACCUCCAGAAAGAUUUGAAAUCAGCCUUUUGAGAGAAACAUAGUAGCUUACCUGCAAGUAAUUACGGAAGUAUGUGCUACCUACCUACCAUACCCAUUCAGCCUCUAGAACAGUCUUGUCUCCAUCGCCACUGUCUCUCAUCACAGCUAAGAAAGCAAAUAAUGAUCCAGUCCAUUCAUAUCCUGCUAUUGGUUACAUGUUCUCUAUUGUACAUAAACACUUCAUGUAAUAAUACAUAGCCUGUUCGAUUUGUUGUUCUUCCAUGUGUUCAUUGUUCUCCUGGAAUUUUUGUGCAGAGAAAAGCCAUCUAAAGGAAUGAAGUGUCAGUCAAAAGAGGCAUAUUUGCAUGGUAUCGCUUUAUCUGUUUCUGUAUGUUUGUAUGCCCUUCUGUAUGGUUGCACAUAAACAUUGUUUUCUAAA